AAAAUUUGAGAGUUAGAAAUUCUAUCGGCUGCACAUAGAAUUGUACCAAUGGAGUUAACUAAGAUUCGAGUGAAAACUAUCGGAUACUAUCAUCGGGAUAGUGAAAUGAAAGCUACACCUGGUCGUCUACCCAAAAAUCUUAACCUAGCAUGCUUAACACCAAUGCAAAACAAGGAAAAAUUUCCAAAUAUGAACAUCGAGGUUUUAGAUUCUGGAAAAGGAGAAUUGAUGAUGGAGUCUCUACUGGACUAUAUCAGUCAAACAAGUUGCCUACAAGACGAACAACCUGGUUUUGUAACGAAUAAGCAACUAUUAGUUGCGCUUACUAGAACUGGAUCACUUGCUAUUCAUCUUUUUAGAUGGAAUGGAACAACUUAUCUGCUGAAGUUUAAUGAGGAUGAAUCUGUUAACCAAAACUUUGGAGCAGCUUUUGAGCAUCAUUGCACUAAAACUGAUGAUCCAAUAAACGAAAAUGAACCGGUGAGAAAAGCAGUGAUGAUAGCGGAGAUUCCACGUGGAAAGGGGGUUCACAGUGUGUUGUAUUCCGGACAAAUUGACGCGGUAGACAAUGAAGUCAAUCGUAUGCAUUAUGAGCUGAAAGUACUAAGUGGAGGAUUAACUGAGCACUUCUGGAAAACGAAAAGCUGUAUGUUUUACUGGCAAGCUGUUUUUGGAAAAGCUGACGUUUUGAUUAUUGGCUCCAGAACUGGAAAAUGUCCAAAUGACCCCAAAACCACAUGGCCUAAAGAAUGGCCUCCAUUCUCCGUUUAUCAGGUUGAAACACUCGAACAGAAUCAAAUUCCAGAAAGUGCCGCCGAGGAAUGUUUGAAGAAAGUACUAAUGGACCCAGCACCUGAAUGGAAACCAUUGGAAGGAGAAGAAAGUGUUUGUUAUUUCCUGGAUUUGGUUGAGGAAUAUGUUAAGAACAAUGGUGACUGCUACGUUUUCACCAGAUCCGAUGAAAACCCUGACUGGAUUGUGAAAGAAGAUGAGGAAUCUGUCGCAGAGUUCCGUGACGUCGUCCGUCACUAUUUGGCCAGUUAAUCUUAUAUUUCCCGGUUUUUAUUUUUUAGUUUCAGUUCUGGGGAAUUUGGUCUAAAAAACUAUUUUUUUUAAUUUAUAGAUUUAGCAGGUAAAAAAACAUAAAUUGUCUAAUAUCCCGCCGCGAUCGUACCGCAACCCACCACAAAUCAAAGAAAUCAAUAUAUUGCUCGUUACCUGUCAGAUCUUUUAAUUUUAGAGUUAGUUUUUUUUAACCAAAACCCCUGGGACUUAAACUUUUCCUUGAAAACUUUUAUUCCAAAAAUAUUUUUUGUUUACAUUUCAUUUCAAUUUGUUCCGAAAUAAAGAAUAUACAGAGGCAGAA